CUCGACUAGAAAUGGAAGAACUAGAGAAGGAAAUGAGGCAGCAUGGAGACCUCACCAUUAAAUUACUUAAGCAAUAUCAGACUGUUCAGAAGCCUGAGUUUUUGAAUUCCCCUCUAGACCUAAAGAAGUUAAUCAAGGACCAUAUUCCUAAGAAUCUUAGUCUUUCACAAGAUGACUCACCAACUAAAUUACCUAAGAAAGGAACUCUCCCAGAGAAGGUCUUCAGGGCGGACAAGGAUGAGGACCUCUCUUCAGCCAGCGAGGUGUCUAUUUCAGCAGUCAAAAAGCCCAGGAAUAAGUCUGAGAAUAAAAUUGAUAAGGAAAAUCAAAAUUUAAAUCAAUAUCUUGAUAAAUCCUCCAAAGCACUUCAUGAUGAAAACAGGACUCAAGCUUUGAAGAUUAUGAAGUUAGAACAGAUCAUCAGUCAGCUCAAUAUUAGGGUGAGCAGGCUGAAGGACAGGAAUAAAUAUUUGGAGAGCAAGGAUUCGAAGACAAGACAAGCUAAGAAUUAUGAAGUUAGAACAUUUCAGAAAUAAUGUAGAGGCCAAGCUUAAAGAGAAAUAUGACAAUAUAAUGAAGGAAAAUUUGGUCAUUUUUGAAGAAGAGGUCAAGGAAAUUUAAGUCCCAGUUUUUCAAUAUGCGAAUGAGCACUAUUUCAAAGGACAAUAUGAUCAAGAAGUUGAUCAACAUUCUAGCCAAGCAAGAGAGGUAUAUGAUAGAGUACAAGAAUGCCAUUGUUCCCAAAUUGUCAUUUAACUCCCUUGCAGCUGCAUUAAGGAGAUCUAAACCAAUGUCACCGAAAGCUGGUGCAAAUAUCCCAAGGAUGAAUUCUCUAACUGCUAAUGAUACGCUUUCGGAUAGAGCUAACCUAGCAGCUUAUGGAAAUGCUAAAUUGCAACUAAGAGAGGAUUUCUCAGAUCAGAUCAUGAGAGAGGUAGAAGAGAGAUAUACCAAUAUGUACAAGUCUCAGGCAGCAGAAGACUUUGAGAAUGCGAUUAUUAAGAACUACAGAAAAGAAAAUAUUUUCUUGAAGCAUGAUAUUUCAACUCUUAAAGAUAUCAAUAAGAAUCAUCUCGUGGAGAUUGAUAAGCAAAUUGAUAUGAUAAAGGAAAUUAGAGAUCUAGCUGCCAUUGAAAAAGGAGAACUACUCAGAGACAUAAAUAAAGAAUAUGAUACCCAGUUACUUAAAAUUAAGACUAAAAUGACUGAAGAUGCUGAUAAAUACUCCAGGUACAAAUAAGUACACUAGUGCAGAGCUUAAACUUCUCAAGAACAUUAACGAGCGUCUCAAGAAUUAUAUCCAAGUACUCAAGAAGGAACUUGUCUAUGCCAAAACAGUUAUUAAAGAUCCCAAGAAAUUAAAGGACCUUUCCAAGUUGAUGAAUUAUGAACCCUAUGAAAUCAGGAAUAAGUUUGAUAAGGACCUUAAUAAGUUCAAUAUUAUGUCAAAAGCAACUCUUCAACCUGAAGUUAAAAGACGUCAGGUGUUCUCAAGAGCCAAUCCUAGGUCGAGAGGUCAUAGUGUCAAGCCUCAUACAAGAGAUGGGUUUAGGUUUAAGAAUAAGAAAUUUGUGUUUGAAGGGAACACGAUAUUAAGUGAUACAGAUAUCUCCUUAAAAAUGCUGGAGAGUAAGCCCAUGACUCCUCCUUCAAAUAUGAUCAGGAAUAUCAGGACUGUUUAUCAAAAUUUAGGAAAGAAAAGUGAUACGAAAGCCUAA